AUGUAUCUAUAUAACGAAUACAAGAGAGACAUAUUUGAAUCUGCUAAAUCAACAGCAGAAGCAUUCAAGAGUUGGGAUACGUGUAUGGCCAAUAGAACAUGUAAGAUCGUUGCAAUUGUUUUAAUUGUUGUAGGAUCCUUAUUUGUUAUCUGGAUAUUAACAACCCUUUUCCAAUGUAUAUUUAUGGGAGCAAAAUGUCUUGAUGCAUUAUGUUGUUGUUGUUGUCGGAAAGCUAAUAGACUUCAAAGAGAACCUGCUCAAACCACAUAUGUCAAUCCAAAUAUGUAUCCCCCAACUACUCAACCUCGAUAUGCUUAUCAACCACAACCACCUCCAUCACCACCAUCACCAUCACCUCAAUUUACUUAUCAAGCUGAAAAACCAUUAUCACCACCAUCGCCAUCACCAUAUGCUUAUCAACCUCAACAACCUCAAUCCCCUCCAUCAUUAUAUAAUAGUGCUCCACAACAGGCUCAUUUUGUAAAUGAUGGUCCAGGAUAUACUACUGCUAAUAGAGGCUACGAACCAGUUUAUUCUUCAGAUCCUUACUCAAAGUCAUAUAAUGACGAUACUCCAUUUGGCGAUUCAAAUGCCAAUUCUUAUAGAGGAUAUAGGUAG